AAUUGAUACGAGUGUUCUCGUAUGAUUGCAGAAAUUUAGCAAAUCUUUCACAUUAUCAUAAACCACUCAAGAAGUUGCUCCCUCUUCUUAGCUUCAAUCGAACAAUAUUUCUGAAAAUGAGUGAAAAAACGACUGGUAACAUUUUAUCUGGCAGAGAACUUUCCAAAACCAUUCAGAAAGAACUCCAAGAUGAGAUUAAAUCCAUUAAAGAAGAGUUUCCAAAUUUCAAUCCAGUUUUAGCAAUUGUACAGGUUGGGGCAAGAGAAGAUUCUAAUGUGUAUAUUCGUAUGAAGAAAAAGAUUGCGAAUGAUGUUGGUGUAUCAACAAAGCAUGUUCAAUUCCCUCGAACAAUUACCCAAAAAGAGUUAUUGGAAGAAGUCCAAAAAUUAAAUGAAGAUCCUUUAAUUCAUGGAGUACUUGUGCAGCUACCACUAGAUACUGACACACCAAUUGAUGCUAAUUUAAUUACUAAUGCAGUGUCUCCGUCCAAAGAUGUUGAUGGAAUACAUGAUGAAAAUGCUGGUAAACUUUGCCAUGGUCUAUUGGAAGGAUUUUUCAUUGCAUGUACUCCAAUGGGAUGCCUUGAAUUAAUCAAAAAAUCAGGUGUAGAAAUCAAAGGAAGUCGUGCUGUGGUUAUUGGUCGCAGUAAAAUUGUGGGUACACCAAUGGCUCAGCUCCUAAUUUGGCAUCAUGCUACUGUCACUGUAUGUCAUUCUAGAACUAAGGAUUUGAAAUCGGUGGUUCGGGAAGCUGAUAUAAUUGUUGCUGCUGUAGGACAAGCUAAAAUGGUUAAAAAGGACUGGGUAAAACCAGGAGCUGUUGUAAUAGAUUGUGGCAUUAACAGUAUUCCAGAUAGCACUAAAGCUUCAGGUUCUAGGCUUGUUGGUGAUGUUGAUUAUGAUGAAGUAAAAGAUGUUGCUUCCUAUAUUACUCCCGUGCCUGGUGGUGUAGGUCCUAUGACUGUGAUUAUGCUAGUAAAAAACACCGUUAUUGCUGCAAAACGUUCAUUGCAUCAGCACAUAGGUUGAUUGUUCAUCUGAAGCUUACUUGAAGUAAUUUGAUCAAUUUGUACACAGAUUUUAAAAAUCAAUGUUUCAUCAAUAUGUACUACUUUAUGUCCAUGCAAAGCUGUAUAGAAUUUUUAUCUGGUCACAUAAAUGUUGUUAAA